CAGCAUGGCGGACGAUGUGGACGAAAUCGAGAAGAAAGAUGAAGAACAAGCAGAGAAGGAACAUUUUAUCAGAAUUCUUAACGCUUUCAAGUUUUACAGAAGUCACUCCAUGCGGCGAGUUUACACGGCAGAAAAGUCUUUCAACGGUCUUCCCCAGCAUCACCAGGAAUAUAUCCCACAGUUCUUGGACAAUCUUAAAACUAUACAAACGUGCAUCACCCAUAAUUAUGAAAUAAUUCGCCUUAUUAUUAAAGAUGCCGAAUGUAUGUUCGAGAACAAAACACAUGAAGCUGAUGACAAGCCAGAAGAAAAUCUGAAGCAAAUGCCCCCCACUAACUUUGACAUGGACAAGGUCAAGACAACCCUAAAGCAGAUUGUAAGAGACUGGAGCACAACAGGGGAAGAAGAGAGAAAGGCUUGUUAUGACCCUGUUAUAGCAGAGGUCAAGGACAUAUUCAGCGAUAGAGAUCCUUCUUCAGUGGGAAUUCUGGUGCCGGGAGCAGGGCUUGGGAGGUUGGCCUUCGAGUUUGCCAAGAGUGGAUAUCGUUGUCAGGGAAACGAAUGGAGUCUUUUCAUGUUGCUUGCCUCAAAUUUUGUUUUAAACAAAUGCUCUGAAGUAGAUUGUUUUACCUUGUAUCCUUGGAUACACCAAUGGACAAACAACAAAAUGUCAGCUGAUCAGAUCCAGCCAAUCAAAUUUCCAGAUGUUAACCCUAGUGACCUUCCACCUACCUCAGAUUUUUCCAUGGCAGCUGGAGACUUUCUAGAGGUGUAUCAAACUCCCGAUGCAUAUGACUGUGUGGCCACAGUGUUUUUUCUGGACACAGCACAUAAUGUAAUAGCUUACAUAGAGACGAUUUAUGAUAUACUCAAACCUGGAGGUUACUGGGUCAAUCUAGGUCCCCUGCUUUAUCACUAUGCUGAUAUUGAAAAUGAGACUUCCAUAGAGCUGAGUUACGAGGAAGUCAAGAAAGUUAUCAAAAAAGUCGGAUUUGUUAUUCAGAAAGAAGAAACAGAUAUUUCCACAACCUACACACAGAACCCAGCCUCCAUGCUUCAAUAUAGAUAUAGCAGUGUUAUGUUUGUCUGUCAAAAACCAAAGGAAGCAAAAACUGCCUGACAUUCCAUCACCUUCAGUUUUAUCCAUGGUUACAAACUUCCCCAUGGCAACAGCAAGCUAUCUUUAUGGUUACAGACCAAUUGCAUUAUGAGAUUUGGUUGGACUUUGGAGUAUCCAUGAAUUGCAAGUCACAAGUAUAAACUAGUGUGAAGGGAAAGAACUCUGUGAUGUCAACAUUGUUGUUUUUGAGUAUACAGGUUUUUGUUUUGUAGAUUUAGCUAGGAUAUAAUAUUAGUAUUUCCCAUGUGAUGAAAAGCCAGAUUUUCCCCCUGGCAAGAACAGGAAAGAAAAUUUGGAAAAAAGCAUCCUUCAGAACCAAUAUUUUAAAUAAAUCCCUUACAUGACUUUCGAA